CAUGCCCCUCCCCUUACAAGCCCGGUCACCUUUAAGUCCAAGUAUCAGUCGGUGCAGGCCAACCGUAGAACAUCAACCACAGAUAUUUCUUUUAAGUUUUUUAAUCGAAGAGAAGGCUGAGGGAAGAAGGAAAGAAAGAUUUGAAGGUUAAAUACAGUUUCUCAUCUCUCUUCCUUUCCCCUUGCUUACCCAGGGAAUAAAUAUAACAGUUGGAGAGGGUUUCGUUCCUGUUUUUGGAGGGCGACAAGUGCCUCAGCUGUUAUAAACCCUCGAGACACUUAGGGUAUGUUAUAACCUGUAUUCACAUACAAUCCUUCUAUUGUAAUCAUCAGAUUUCGAAAGUAUAGAACUCUUUUGCGAAUCUCUGAAUAGGAAGAGUAGCGAUCGAUACAGAGAUCGGCGAGGAUGAACCGCUUCGACAACAGAUAUGGUGACCCCAAUUCUUACCGCGAGCGUAAGAGUGAUUUUAUGGGUGGCUUUGGUGGAGGUAGUGCCAGUGGUGGAAGGAGCGGUGGUUUUGGACGUGGAGGUUAUGGGGGUGGCGAGGCAGGUUAUGGAGGUGGAAGAGGAGGGGGUGGAAGAGGUGCAUAUAAUGGUUUUAGUUCCGGAGGUCGAGGCUAUGAGGGGGGCCGUGGUGGUGGCAGGGGGUUUUCUGGGGGACGAGGUGGUAGGGGAAGUAGAGAUUCUGAAAGGUCGAGGGGGGAGUUAGAUUCUGUUAAUCUCCCAAAAGAAGAUUUUGAUAACUUGAUUCCUUUUGAGAAAAAUUUCUAUGUAGAACGGCCGUCUGUAGCAGCACUAACAGAUCAAGAAGUAAGUGCCUAUCGCAGAAGACGCGAUAUAACUGUGGAAGGCCGUGAAAUUCCUAAGCCCCUUAUGUAUUUUCAAGAAGCAAGCUUUCCAGAGUAUGUUCUCAAAGAGAUUGAGAGGGCGGGAUUCAACGAGCCAACUGCUAUACAAUCUCAGGGAUGGCCGAUGGCUCUGAAGGGUAGAGAUUUGGUUGGUAUAGCUGAAACUGGUUCUGGCAAAACACUUGCCUAUCUUUUGCCAGGAAUAGUUCAUGUCAAUGCGCAGCCCUAUUUAGCUCCCGGUGAUGGUCCGAUUGUCUUGGUGUUAGCACCUACUCGGGAACUUGCUGUUCAGAUCCAGCAAGAAGCUAUCAAAUUUGGAACAUCCUCAAAGAUCAAAAGCACGUGCGUAUACGGAGGGGCUCCAAAAGGUCCUCAAAUACGUGAUCUUCAAAGAGGGGUUGAGAUUGUAAUUGCCACACCUGGCCGACUUAUUGAUAUGUUGGAAGCACGGCACACAAACCUGCGGAGGGUGACAUAUCUUGUAUUAGAUGAAGCUGAUCGCAUGCUAGACAUGGGUUUUGAACCGCAGAUAAGAAAAAUUGUAUCUCAAAUCCGUCCAGAUAGGCAGACACUGCUGUGGAGCGCUACUUGGCCAAGGGAAGUCGAACAACUAGCAAGGCAAUUUUUACAUAAUCCAUACAAGGUAAUCAUCGGUUCACCAGAUUUGAAGGCUAAUCAUUCAAUAGGCCAGAUUGUGGAGGUUGUUUCUGAGUAUGAGAAAUAUCCAAGAUUGAUCAAGCUUCUUGAGGAGAUAAUGGAUGGAAGCCGGAUUCUGAUUUUUAUGGAAACCAAGAAGGGAUGUGAUCAGGUUACUAAACAGCUUCGCAUGGAUGGCUGGCCAGCAUUGUCCAUCCAUGGUGAUAAAAGUCAGGCUGAAAGAGACUGGGUCUUAGCAGAGUUUAAAGCUGGGAAAAGUCCUAUUAUGACUGCUACUGAUGUGGCUGCACGUGGUUUGGAUGUGAAGGAUAUAAAAUGUGUCAUUAAUUAUGAUUUUCCUGGUUCUUUGGAGGAUUAUGUACAUCGUAUUGGUCGUACUGGAAGAGCUGGGGCCACGGGCACAGCUUACUCUUUCUUCACUGCUGCAAACGCAAGAUUUGCCAGGGAACUGAUUAGUAUUCUUCGAGAAGCUGGGCAGCCUGUUAAUGGUCAACUUGCUGCCAUGGCCCGCGGAGGUGGAGGGAAUGGUAGUGGAGGUUAUGGAGGAGGAUAUCGUGGCCGUGGUCGUGGCCGUGGCCGUGGUGGUUAUGGAAAUCGUAGUGUCAUUUCUGGUUCAAACACUAUUCCUCUUGGUGGAUCUGGGAGACAAUGGUAGAUAUAACAACAAUGGUGGCUACCCUAGGAGGCUGGAAAUUUAAAUGUUGUGUAUCAUAAUACAAUUUAUAUUCUUUUCCCACUAAAGCGAGACGGGACAAUAGAUUAGAAUUUUCUUUUAGAUGUUCAUGUUUGCAUCAUUACGCUUUUACCAGAGAAUUUCUGACUACCUUUUCUCAGCCUUUCCAUUAAUUUUAUAUAUAUAUGAACUGGCUGUUGAUAUGACAACAAGCUUGAUGAAACACGUAUACUAGGUCAAUAGCUUUUUCCAUGUAAGAAAGCGGAACAAAACCAUUUACAACUGAUCAUUUCUAAUUCUCUGCUGUGCUACCAUAAAUUGCUAUUUUGAAAUACUGAUAAGGGUUCAUUUUAUGUUA